AUGGAAAAUGAUAACUAUGCUGAAGCAAAGUCGUACCUGGAAGCUCUUAGUCGAUGGCGUGAAUGUUGGGCCCCGGUGUAUUUAAAGAAUUACUUUUUCGCUGAUAUGUCGUCAACACAAAGAGGAAAAUCGAUGAAUAGUUUGUUAAAAGGGUUUAUCGAUUGUAAGACAAGGCUUACAGAAUUUUUGGCCACCUUUGAACAUGCACUUAAUCUCUGUGAAGAGGCUGAGCAUAUUUCUGCCUACAAGAAGCUUGUUUAUCCUAUUCCCCUGACUUUCCCAAACCCUAUCGAAAAUCAAGCUGCUAGCUGUCUGAUGUGGUAUGCUUGGAAAAAAUUUGAGGCUGAGUGGAGUGCGAAAGACGCAUAUGUGUGUGAAGAAAUAACUGAUUAUGAUGAUGUGCAUUAUCCACCUGAGUUGGAGCUUGCUAAAGACUAUGUUAAUUUUUAUAGUCGUUCACAAUCACAAGUCCCAGGAAUUUUAGCAUCGCAUGAAUCAUCUGGGGAAAUUGCAAGCAAAAUUGCAAUGGACCCUGAUAAAUGUGCAGAUUUUACGUUGUACCUCGAGAAGUAUUUAGAGGUGAUAUAUUCUGUUGACAAUGAUCUUGGUUCUACUUCAGCAUCCCCAGAGCUUCCAAUAAUCAACAAUCCUAUAAAGAGCAAGGCUGUUGGAUGA